AUUAGGCUCCGUCAGAUUACCGUGUUCGAGACAAAGGGUGGAGACGGUUCAGUGGGAGCAAUCUAUUUGCGAUUUGAAUUCAUUUUCCCCUUGAAUCGUGUUCAGAGAUUCGCAGCAUUUUGCAUAGAUUCAGCCAUGGAUAAUCCAAAAGUUCAAGAGAUAUUGGAGAAGCAAGUGCUUACUGUGGCCAAAGCCGUCGAGGACAAGAUAGAUGAGGAGAUCUCGGCGUUGGAGAGGCUAGACAUGGAUGAUUUGGAGGUGUUGAGAGAGCGUAGGCUGCAGCAGAUGAAGAAAAUGGCGGAGAAAAGGAGCCGUUGGAUCGCCCUCGGCCACGGCGAGUACACGGAAAUCCCCAACGAGAAGGACUUUUUCUCUAUUGUCAAGGCCAGCGAACGUGUCGUAUGUCAUUUUUACCGCGAAAACUGGCCCUGCAAGGUCAUGGACAAACAUUUGGCUAUACUGGCAAAGCAACAUAUCGAGACACGUUUUGUGAAAAUCAAUGCUGAGAAAAGCCUGUACUUGAGUGAGAAGCUCCGAAUUGUUGUUCUUCCAACGCUUGCUCUUGUAAAGAAUGCUAAAGUGGAGGAUUAUGUGGUGGGUUUUGAUGAGCUUGGUGGGACAGAUGAGUUCAGUACAGAGGAACUAGAAGAGAGGUUGGCUAAAGCACAGGUUAUUAUUUAUGAGGGUGAAUCGUCACAUCGUGCAUCCAAAUCCAAAGCUCCGACCAGGAGCGUCAGACAAAGCUCGUAUUCAUCAGACUCUGAAUAGACUCUUAUAGGUGGCAAUCUCCUGUGGACUUCAUGGCUAGUCAUCCAUGGAUGGCAACUUACUAUACCCUUACAUCUUGCAAUACUAUAAAAUUAUUUUGGCAAAAAUUUCCAUGGGGUGUCUGUACGGCACUCUAUAGAGAACUCAGAUGUUCACCUUUAAUUGAUUGAUUUGCUGUACAUUGUGGCAUGUUCUAACCAUCAAUAGCAUAUGAUGGUUUAUCACAUUCCGCAAACAAGUCUCAGAGUUCUGUCUAUCACGAUUCUAAUGUAUGGAUGGGAUGGGGACAGAAUUUAGCCCCGUAACUAUUAAUUAUCCUAUCAUACUAAUACGGCUAUGCAUCCUUGCACUGUAUCUCUCAUCCGUUAGGUGUACUGGUGAACAUAUUUCAGUUAGUAUGCUUGUAAUGAAAGAACUCUCUUUAUGACGAUUGUAGCCA